AUGUAUGGUCUAAAGUAUAUCGACACUUCAACCUACAUACAGCAUCGCAUCACUCAUAGAUACAUUGUGAUUGUUUUCAGAAAUGCUCGUGGUAAAUAUGCCUUGGUCUGCCCUAAGAAGCCAACCCCCAACUCCUCUACUCAAGACCCCUCUCUUAACGCCACGCCACACCGUAACUCACGUAUGAUCCCAGCCCAUCACAACAUCGCCCGUCAUCAUGACUUCCAAGGCUCCUCAACAACGCCAGUGGACGGCCAUGCUGCUUUCUUGCCGCGUGUCCAGAAAACCAGAGCGGCAGCCCUCUCGAUAAGUCAGUUUGGAGAUGCCGCCAUGGGCGGGUACGAAACACCGCCGACUUCGACCUUGGGCUCGCAUGCACAGCGGUCAGCAUCAGGGAUAGUGUCCAUGACAGACGGGAUGUGGCUGCCGCAACCCCACCAAGAGGUCUUGUCUGAAGAGAUUAUCAGCACUGAUAGCAAUGCAUAG